AUGGUCACAGGUGCGAAGAUGAAGGCGCAGGUGCUAGAAGAAAUGGACUUGGCAUCCUCCGCAGAUGCGGAGAAUUUGUGCACAUCAGCGGCUCUGCAGAAGCGGAUUUUGGCGCGCAAAAGCGAGAGGAAGCGCAUGUGCGGUUUGGAUAUGGUGAGGACACGAGCUGCGGUUAUCGACGACGCUACUCCCGGAGCAGGUAUCGCUAGAGGCAGAGGAACCCAGACUCCCGCCGCCCAAUCCCCAGAGCAGCUCGUUCAUGUUGGUCAGGUUCCAGGUGACAUGGCGACACAGCUUGUGGUUCCAGUUCAGCCCGUGAUGAUGAGGACACGAGCUGCGGUUAUCGACGACGCUGCUCCCGGAGCAGGUAUCACUAGAGGCAGAGGUAGAGGCCGACGAAGAAGCGAGGCUCACAAACCUUGCUUAACAGCUAGUGAGAAAAAGAUCACGGGAUCAAACACAGUCGUCAGUGCACUUUCAAGAGGGAACUUCUCAGAUGAUUACACUGAUGAACAGGCUGCUGUCAUAACUGUGAAUUCCAAAGCAAAAAAUCUUAUGUACAAUGCUAUCAGUGGAGAAGAGUAUGAAAAGAUUUCGAGCUGUGAAACUGCCAAGGAAAUGUGGGAUAAAUUGGAAGUAACAUAUGAAGGAACCAACAAGGUAAAAGAAACAAGGAUCAAUCUUAUAGUUCGUGACUAUGAACUAUUCCAAAUGAAAGAUGGAGAAUCAGUGGAGGAAAUGUUCUCCAGGUUCAGUAAAAUCCUUGGAGAUCUAAAGUCUCUUGGUAGACCAAUCAAAAGUGGAGAACAGGUCAGAAAAAUCCUUAGAAGUCUACCCACAAUUUGGCAGCCCAAAGUUAUUGCUCUAGAAUGUCAGGACCUUGACAAAAUGUCCUAUGAUAAACUUAGAGGUGAUCUAAUUGCCUUUGAGAAAACUCACUUGGACAGGCAAAUUCAACAUAAAAAGAAGAAAACGGUUUCCUUUAAAGCAAAUGUUGCUGAAUUAGAAAAUGAAGAAGAGGAGGAAGAACAUGAUGAAAAUAUAGCCAUGCUCUCCCAAGUUGUGACAAGCAUGAUGGAGAAAAACAGAUAUAGCAGAAGAGGUAGAUCAAACUUCAGAAAAGGAAGGAUGAGCAAUGAAAAUGAUAAAAAUGAUGGAAGAUGCUAUGAAUGUGGAAAAUACGGACACAUUCAAGCUGAUUAUCCAGAAUUGAAAAAAAAACUAAGUAGGAACUUUCAAAAGAAGAAGUCUUGUGGAGCCUGGAGCGAUGAAGAAGAAUACGACCAUGAAGAAAUUGCAAAUAUGUGUUUCAUGGUCACAAAAAAAGAUAACAAUAAAGGCUCAGAUAAGCCUGAGCUCAUGGCAGAAAAUGAAGCAGAUGAGAAAGAAGACUCCGAUGAACUCUGUCUUAUGGCAGACAAAGGAACCAGUGAGGUACGUCUUCCUUCGUAUUCCAACUGGUAUAAGCUUCAAGAAUUUGUGGAUAUUGCUCUUACAGAUAUCGAAAAUUUUUUAGGAGAACUCAGAAAAAUCCAAAGAGAAAAGAAAGAUUGGGCCCUGAAGUUAGAAGUAUGUGAAAUUAAGCGUGACACGCUUCAAGUUAAUGAACUUAAACUUCAACUGAAUGGAUUACUAAAAUCCACAAGUCAUAGCUUUGUCAAAUCAAAUCAGAUUGUUCCUCAUACAUCUUUGAUUAGAACUAGAAACUCUCAGGGAUGCUCUUAUUGUGGAUCAAAGACAACAGGAGAUGGGUAUGGCGACCUAAAUCCAUUAGUCAAGCUAACACUCAGAAGUCUAACCAUUCAGGACCCAAGCAGGCUUGCACUUGAUGGAGGAACAGUUACAUUUGGAGACAAAUCAAAAGGAAAUGUAAUUGGCGUUGAAAAAGUUUCUCGCAGCUCAACAUGUGAUGUAGAUGAAGUGUAUCUCGUUGAAGAACUUGGGUACAAUCUUCUCACCAUUAGUCAACUAUGUGAUGAUGACUAUGAGGUUCGGUUCAAAAAAUAUGGUUGGUUUAUUGAAGAUGAAUCAUGUAAAGUUAUUCUCUUUGGAAAUAGGGACAAAAAUGUUUAUACUAUCAGUAACUUGGAAAGCUCUAGUAAUCAGAUUUGUCUAUCUUCCAUUCUUGAUGACCCCUGGGCAUGGCAUAGAAAACUUGGUCAUACUAGCAUGCAUACUAUUCAUAAUCUUUAUAAAAACGAUCUUGUCAUUGGUCUUCCAAAACUAGAUUUUUCGAAAGAUCAAAUUUGUGAUGCAUGUCAACUAGGAAAACAAACCAGAUCCUCUUUUAAAGUCAAAAAUAUUGUCUCCACUUCAAAACCUCUUCAAGUAUUGCAUAUGGAUCUCUUUGGACCUACUAGAACUGUUAGCAUAGGUGGUAAAAAGUAUGCCUUUGUUAUAGUAGAUGAUUUUUCUAAAUUCACCUGGGUUAUUUUUCUGAGCCACAAAGAUGAAGCUCUACAAAACUUUAAAGUCUUUUGCAAGAGAAAUACAGCGUGA